GCAAUGAAUAACUGGCGUCCCCUCCAAUCCAUUCCAAUUUCAGAAACCAACACCGACAGCAAGCUUGCUUGGCCUUGACUGAAAACCCUAAUCUCAUCUCUGUCUAUCUCUAUCUCUAUCACCCAAAUCCAUUCAUUUCGCUCAGAUCUUUGCCAUCAUUCGAAUCGAUCCUCUCCAUCUGAUUCGAGAAGAAUUCGCUAUGGCGAAAGCCAGAUACUCCCGCUUUCCGUCUCGGAAAUCCAAUUCAUCCACCAUGAUUUUCACCAUGCUCCUCAUGUUCACCUUCGUCAUUCUCAUCCUCCUCGCCCUCGGAAUUCUCUCCAUUCCCAGCAAUUCUGGCGGCUCCAGGAAAGCGCACGAUCUCAGCAACAUUGUCCACAAUCAAGCGGAUAGCGCCGAGGACCAAGGGAAAUCGGAGCCUUGGGCUGAAGUCAUCUCCUGGGAGCCUCGUGCCUUCGUUUACCAUAAUUUUCUCAGCAAGGAGGAGUGCGAGUACUUGAUCAGUCUUGCGAAGCCUCAUAUGGUGAAGUCCACAGUUGUUGAUUCCGAAACUGGAAAAAGCAAAGAUAGCAGAGUUCGUACAAGCUCUGGAACAUUCUUAGCUCGAGGGCGGGACAAAGUCGUCCGGGAAAUUGAGAAACGGAUUGCUGAUUUCACCUUCAUACCAGUAGAACAUGGGGAAGGGCUUCAAAUCCUUCAUUACGAAGUCGGGCAGAAAUAUGAGCCCCACUUUGAUUACUUUAUGGAUGAUUACAACACCAAGAAUGGGGGACAACGCAUAGCUACCAUUCUUAUGUACCUGUCCGACGUUGAAGAAGGUGGUGAGACAGUUUUCCCUUCUGCAAAAGGGAACUACAGUGCUGUCCCGUGGUGGAACGAGUUAUCCGAAUGUGGGAAGAAAGGGCUUUCAGUCAAACCUAAGAUGGGUGAUGCAUUGCUUUUCUGGAGCAUGAAACCUGAUGCCAGUCUGGAUCCUUCAAGUUUGCAUGGUGGUUGUGCUGUGAUUAAAGGGAAUAAGUGGUCCUCUACGAAGUGGAUGCGAGUGAAUGAGUACAAGGUUUGAAUAUGUGACGAGAUAAAGGUAAAGGGGGCGUCUGUUUAACUCUUGCCUUGUUGCUGCUGAUAGUGAGAACCGUAAACAUAGUAAUCAUUUCGCAGCCUCAACUUUAUGGUGUUUCUUUCGUUGUCGCAGGGAACAGUGUAAAAUCAUGUCUUCUUGUCAUCUGCCCUUACUGGUUGAAAGCUUGAAGGUUGAUAAGCUUCGAAGUGAACCUGCUAUCUUACAAUAUGCAGCCGUGUUCCUUCUGUCGACUAUGAUAUCCCACCAUUGGGAACCCCUUCCCACUGUCGCCAUAAAAAUAGGCUUAAUACACUUUUUUAGAGUUUGGAGCAGAACAGAUUGGAUACGUUUUGACAGUUCGAAGCAUACGGACGGGGGAAUUUUUGCGUUGAUAGAUACGACUUAGGAGUAUUUGUUGCAUUUGGUUUUUGAUUCGAUCGUCAGAAAAAGAGUUUUCUCCGGCUGUUCUGCCGUUCAAGAAAUGUAGUUGAAGAAUGAAUUUUCGCACUGGAGAGUGGAGACAUCCGUUGGAAUCUUGGAGAUAUAAACACCAAAUAGUUUGGCGCUGGAUUGGAAUGUACUAUGUAGAGAGUAGAGACUACCGAGGAGAGAGAAAUCCAUGCACAUAACUCAAGUAAUGAAGUAAUGCAUAAGCA